ACUGAGCCACACCAGCUGGGCUUGAUAUGGAAUUUAAAUGUCGGGCAUCCCCAAAAGCAAAGCAGACACUCAUCCGAUGUCCCCGCCCUCCCCCUGACUUUUCCCUCCGCCUCUCUCCUUGCAGCCUGCGGGAGCUCUGAGGCCUCCGCUUACCUGGACGAGCUGCGUUUGGCUGUGGCUUGGAACCGCGUGGACAUUGCCCAGAGCGAACUCUUCCGGGGUGACAUCCAGUGGCGGUCCGUCCACCUGGAGGCCUCGCUCAUGGACGCCCUCCUGAAUGACCGGCCGGAGUUCGUGCGCCUGCUCAUCUCGCGCGGCCUCAGCCUGGGCCACUUCCUGACCCCGACGCGCCUGGCCCAGCUCUACAGCGCGGCGCCCCCCAGCUCGCUCAUCCGCAGCCUCCUGGACCAGGCGGCCCACGCUUCGGGCGCCAAAACCCCAGCCCUGAAGCCCUCCGCCGAGCCCCGGCUCCCCGACGUGGGGCGGGUGCUCCGGAUGCUGCUUGGGGAGAUGUGCGCGCCGAGGUACCGCGCCUGGGCCGCGGGGGAUCCCCACCGCGACCACGGCUGCAGGGACAGCGACCACGGCUGCCCCGAGAGCUCCCAGCUGCUCUGCCGCAGGGCCCCCUCGGAGCUCAUGCUGGACGCGGUGCUCGGGCAGACCCCCUGGAGCGACCUGUUUCUCUGGGCGCUGCUCCUGAACAGGGCGCAGAUGGCCUUGUACUUCUGGGAGAUCGGCUCCAACGCCGUGGCCUCGGCUCUAGGGGCCUGUUUGCUGCUCCGGGUGCUGGCGCGCCUGGAGUCCGAGGCUGAGGAGGCAGCGCACAGGAAGGAGCUGGCAGCCAAGUUUGAGGGGCUGGGUGUUGACCUCUUUGGCGAAUGCCACCGCAGCAGCGAGGACCGGGCUGCCCACCUGCUCCUGCGGCGCUGCCCGUUCUGGGGGGAUGCCACCUGCCUGCAGCUCGCCAUGCAGGCCGAUGCCCGCGCCUUCUUUGCCCAGGAUGGAGUACAGUCUCUGCUGACACAGAAGUGGUGGGGGGAGAUGGACAGCUCCACGCCCAUCUGGGCCCUGGUUCUCGCCUUCUUUUGCCCCCCACUCAUCUACACCAACCUCAUCACCUUCAGGAAGUCAGCGGAGGAGUCCACACAGAAGGACCUGGGGUUUGACGUGGACGGGAGCCUCAACGGGGAAGGGCCUGUCAGGCCAGCAGAUCCCCCUGAGAAGAUGCCUUUGGGGGUGUUGAGUCAGCCCAGCCGGAGGGGGUGCUCCCCACGCCUGUGGCGCUGGUCCCAGUUCUGGGGGGCGCCGGUGACGGCCUUCCUGGGCAACGUGGUCAGCUACCUGCUCUUCCUCAUGCUCUUCGCUCGGGUGCUGCUCAUCGACUUCCAGCCCUCGGCGCCCGGCGCCCUGGAGCUGCUGCUCUACUUCUGGGUCUUCACCCUGCUCUGCGAGGAGUUCCGCCAGAGCCUGGGGGGCGGCUGGGGCAGCCUGGCCACCGGCGGGCCCGGGCCCGGCCACUGCCAGGCCCCGCUGCGCCGCCGGCUGCACCUCUACCUCAUGGACACGUGGAACCAGUGUGACCUGGUGGCCCUCACCUGCUUCCUCCUGGGCGUCGGCUGCCGGCUGACCCCGGGCCUGUACGACCUGGGCCGCACAGUCCUCUGCCUGGACUUCAUGGUCUUCACGCUGCGCCUGCUGCACAUCUUCACGGUCAAUAAACAGCUGGGGCCCAAGAUCGUCAUCGUGAACAAGAUGAUGAAGGAUGUGUUCUUCUUCCUCUUCUUCCUCGGAGUGUGGCUGGUGGCCUACGGGGUGGCCACGGAGGGUCUCCUCAGGCCCAGGGACCAGGACCUCCCGCAGAUCCUGCGCCGCGUCUUCUACCGGCCCUACCUGCAGAUCUUCGGGCAGAUCCCGCAGGAGGAGAUGGACGUGGCCCUCAUGGAUCACGUCAACUGCUCCUCGGAGGUGGGCUUCUGGGCGCGCCCGGUGGGGGCCCAGGCGGGCUCCUGCGUCUCCCUUUACGCCAACUGGCUGGUGGUGCUCCUCCUCGUCAUCUUCCUGCUCGUGGCCAACAUCCUGCUGGUCAACCUCCUCAUCGCCAUGUUCAGCUACACCUUCGGCAAAGUACAGGGCAACAGCGACCUCUAUUGGAAGGCGCAGCGCUACAGCCUCAUCCGGGAAUUUCACUCUCGGCCGGCGCUGGCCCCACCCUUCAUCAUCAUCUCGCACGUGCGCCUCCUCUUCCGUGGAUUGCGCAGGCACCGGGCCAGCCUGCCGGCCUCCCCCAUCCUACGGCAUUUUCGGGUCCACCUCCCUAAGGAAGCCGAGAGGAAGCUGUUGACGUGGGAAUCGGUGCAGAAGGAGAAUUUCCUAUUGGCGCGGGCGAGGGACAAGCGGGAAAGUGACUCGGAGCGUAUGAAGCGCACGUCGCAGAAGGUGGACAUGGCGUUGAAGCAGCUGAGGCAGGUCCGCGAGUACGAGCAGCGUCUGAAGGGCUGGAACAGGAGGUCCAGCACUGUAGCCGCGUCCUGGGCUGGGUGGCCGAGGCCCUGAGCCGCUCUGCGUUGCUUCCGCCAGGGGGGCCUUCACCCCCGGCCCCGCCGGGGCCCAAAGACUGAGCCCUGAUGGCAGGCUUCAAGGAGUAGCGCCACGGGGAGUUGUGCCCCCAGAGGAAGGCCUAGCUGGCCCUGGACCCCAGUACGCGGUGGCCCUGUCUGGAGGUGGGCCCCAUGCCGUGGACUGGAUCGCUGUCGGCGCCACUGCAGGAGUCUCACCCGUUGGAACCACAGCAGGCCCGGCCCCUCCCAGAACCAGCCCCACUCUGGGAGGAUCAGCCUCGGGAGCCCAGGCAGGGCCCCCCUUAAGGCCCCGCCACAGCCCGCUGGGCGGGAGAAGGCUACAGGGCCCUGGGGGCACAGGGACCACAGAGGCACUCAGCUCCCCACACCGGGGAAAUAAAGCCACUUGAGAGUC